GAUAUAUAGAUAUAUCUAUAUAUAUCACACUCACAAAGAUAAACCAACAAAAGUCUCUUCUGGUUACCGAAGAAGAUGAGGCCCACAGUAGCUUAUGGUGGGCUUCUUCUUUCUUUAAAAAAGUAACUGCAAGACUUUGAGAUUUUUGGUGAACAUAUAUAUACAUGUUAUUGCUUGUGGGUAAUCUUUAUAUCUUGCCUUUCUUUUAUUAUAACAAAGAAAGUUAAGAUUUUUGGUUAUAGAUAUAUAAUACUUAUACUAUAUAUAUACAAUAUAAAAAAUGAUUUUUAUCUUUGUUACUUGUUUUUCCUUCAUAUUUUUCUUUAGAUACUCACUUCCCAUUAAACCACUUCCACCAUGGGCUUGUGAAAUGAGGUUACUUUCUUUCUAUUUUUGGAAAGAUUUAUCCUUUUUUUUAUACCCAUCUGCAAAACCUUUCAAGAAACACAAAACUGCCAAAAAUAACACCACUACUACUUAUUCAAGAAACAAGAUAACAAGAACUAGAACAGGGGAAUCAGAUUAUGAAAAAAUGGGUGAGAUUUCUUUGUUAGAUUUGCCUGAUUUGGCAUUGGAAUGCAUUCUUGAAAAGCUUCAACCAAAUGGGCUAUGUAAAAUGUCUUGUGUUUGUACUUAUUUGAAAGAAAUGUGUUCAAGUGAUCAUCUUUGGGAACAACAUAUGAAGAAAAGAUGGGGUAGAAUUUUUGGUAAGGCAGCUAGUAAAGAAUGGCAGUCUUAUGUUAAGUUGAAAAAUGAAUCCAGUUACUUUCUUGCUAGUGAAAAUGGAAAGGGUCUUUUUAUAGAUUGUUUGUCUAAGCUGUGGCCUGUUAAGUUAAUAAGAUCUAGUAGUUGUGAUGAUAGACAAAAGAUUGAUAUUUCGUCUAGUUCUUCGUCUAUUGAUUCGAUUAUUUCGUGCUAUCGAGCCCUUGAAACAGGGAAGUUUUGGUUUCCUGCUCAGGUUUUUAACCGUGAGAAUGGGCAUGUUGGGUUCAUGUUAUCUUGCUAUGAUGCUGAUCUUAGCUAUGAUUCUAAUACAGAUACUUUCCACGCUAGAUACCCGCCUCAUGGAAGGCGGGCAGCUGCAAUAGAGAGUGGGGUGAGUUGGGAUAGGCUAAGGGCGCCACCAGUUGAUACUUCACCCCAUGAUCUUCACAUUUCCGAUUGUUUGAAUGAUUUACGCCCAAAGGAUCAUAUUGAGAUUCAGUGGAGAAAGAACAAACAAUUCCCAUAUGGUUGGUGGUAUGGUGUUGUAGGUCACUUGGAAGCAUGUGAUGGUAAUGAAAAUUACUGCCAUUGCCAUAAAAGUGAUACUGUAGUGCUAGAAUUCAACCAGUAUACUCCUGGUUCACGAUGGAGACAUACAAUGAUCAACAGGAGAGAUCAUCGUGAAGAAGGAAAUGAAGCUGAUGGCUUUUAUGGGGGAAUCAGAAAACUAUGUAAAAAAGAUGAGAUCUCUAUGUGGCAACAAUUUUGGCCUGCUGAAAUCUUGGAAUGACAGAGGUCAACUAUGUUAUAGCUUACCAAAAGUAGAAUUUUAGAAUAUUAUCUACAAGAUUAUUCCUCAUUUUGUAGAAUUAUAUAUAUAUUUUUUCAUGGCUACUUGAAGAUUUAGAACAGCCAUAUUUUUACAUUAUGAUUAUGAUUUAAUCAUUCAAAUGUGACAGAUACUCCAUAUAGAUUCCCUUGUGUAUUAAUAUUGGCUUCCAAUUAUGAAUAAAGUAGUAUUUUGCCCA